UACAAUAUACAUAUAUAUAUUAUUAGUUAUGAGGGAUUCGGGUCUGGAUCUGUUCGACCCGAGGACCAUCGUCAUGGAUUCCGACUACAGCUCCUCCCCCGGCGGCAGCGGCAGCCGCGACCCGGACUUCGGAUUCGCCUUCAACGACAGCAAUUUCUCCGACCGGGUGCUCCGGAUCGAGAUCGUUCCGGAUCCUACCGAGGCCGCGCCCGAGGCCGAGGGUUGCCGAACCCUCGCCGACUGGGCCGCGCACAAGAGUAAACGACGUCGUGGGGAUAUUGCAAAGAAGGAGACCGACAUGUACCACUCGUUUGCAGCUUUGGAUAUCAACAAUUGCCCUGAAGAGCAGAUCUUAGAUUGUCAGCCAGAUGCUGAAGACGGUCCAGGUGAUGAGAAUCUUGAUGAGGAAGAAAUUCCAAUGAUAGAAGAUUCACCAUCAGGAGAUGAAGCUGCAAAUAGUGAUGAUUCCAAUAGUUCUGAAGAUGGUUUGAGAGUUCUAAGAGUGAAAACAUUACAUAUUAGCUCUCCCAUAUUAGCAGCAAAGAGUCCCUUUUUCUACAAGUUAUUCUCAAAUGGAAUGAUGGAAUCCGAACAGAGACAUGUAACCCUGAGAAUCACUGUCUCCGAGGAAGCUGCAUUUAUGGAGCUCCUGAAUUUCAUGUAUAGCAAUACAUUAAGCAUCAAUACACCUCCCGCCUUGCUCGAUGUGCUUAUGGCUGCUGACAAGUUUGAGGUUGCUUCAUGCAUGAGACAUUGCAGCCGUUUGUUGAGGAACUUGCCCAUGACUCCUGAGUCGGCGCUACUCUAUCUUGAUCUUCCUUCGAGUGUUCUAAUGGCUGAGGCCGUUCAACCUUUGACUGAUGCAGCAAAGCUAUUCUUAGCCACUCGGUAUAAAGAUAUAUCAAAGUUUCAAGAUGAGGUAAUGAACUUGCCUCUAGCUGGGAUCGAGGCAAUUUUGUCGAGCGACGAACUUCAAGUGGCCUCAGAGGACGCAGUUUAUGACUUUGCCCUGAAGUGGACUCGGACUCAUUACCAGAAUCCAGAGUAUCGUCGGGACAUUCUAUGCUCUCGCCUAGGUCGACAUAUCCGUUUCCCUUACAUGACUUCCCGGAAGCUUAAGAAAGUACUCACCUGCAGUGACUUGGAUCACGAGUUCGCUACUAAAUCUGUCCUCGACGCCCUAUUUUUCAAAGCUGAGGCUCCACAUCGACAAAGAAUUCACGCAUUGGAAGAAACAACCUCGUCUAGCCGUCGCUUUGUGGAGCGUGCUUACAAGUACCGCCCUGUUAAGGUUGUUGAAUUUGAAUUCCCGCGACCACAAUGCGUCGUCUACUUAGAUCUCAAACGGGAUGAAUGUAAGAAUUUGUUUCCUUCUGGUCGGGUCUAUUCUCAAGCAUUCCACCUCGGCGGACAAGGCUUCUUCCUCUCGGCGCAUUGCAACAUGGAUCAACAAAGCUCGUUCCAUUGUUUCGGGCUUUUCUUAGGAAUGCAAGAAAAAGGGUCUGUAUCCUUUGCUGUCGACUAUGAAUUUGCUGCCCGAUCAAAGCCCACAGAGGAUUACAUCAGCAAAUACAAGGGCAACUACACUUUUACUGGGGGGAAGGCAGUCGGGUACCGUAACUUGUUCAGCAUCCCGUGGACUUCGUUCAUGGCUGAGGACAGCCUUUAUUUCAUCAACGGGAUACUCCAUCUCCGAGCUGAGCUCACCAUCAAGCGCGAAAUACCUGAGGUUGAAACCUCAUGAUCGAUCUCUCUCUGGCCCUCGAGCUUGAUGGAACUGGUAUGUUAAUGUCCGUCAUUCAUAACUUGUCGGUUGUAGCUAAUAUUUGUUGUUGCGGAUCUGGGAUUUGUGUCUACUUAAUCUUUUUUGCUGUUUUGUUGGGAGCCGAGUUGAAUUUACUGAUUAACUUCAAAUAGGGGAUGAAUUCCAUUCGCACAUUUUCUCCA